UUGGCGCUCGUUCGAAGGUCGCCCAUCUCUCUCGUCUCUCGGAAACGCACCGGCAACCCCCCCUCCGUUCCGUGAUCGGUCUCGCUCGCCAUGAGUAACGCCUACAUCACCGCCCCGCCUACAAACGGCAAGGUCAUUCUGCAUACCACCGCAGGGCCGCUCGAGAUUGAGUUAUGGCCAAAAGAAACCCCCAAGGCAUGCCGCAACUUCAUCCAGCUCUGCAUGGAGGGCUACUACGACAAUACCAUCUUUCACCGCGUUGUCAAGGACUUUAUCGUGCAGGGCGGUGACCCUUCAGGAACGGGCCACGGCGGGGAGUCCAUCUAUGGCGAGCCGUUUGUUGAUGAGUUUCAUUCCAGGUUGCGUUUUAGUCAUCGUGGGUUACUAGGCAUGGCCAACACGGGUGUCAACGAGAACAGCAGCCAAUUCUUCUUCACCCUCGACCGCGCCGACGAGCUCAACCGCAAAAACACACUAUUUGGAAAGAUCGUGGGCGACACGAUCUACAACCUGAUCAAGUUUGCGGAUCUGGAAACGGAUGGGGAUGACCGGCCGCUGUUUCCACCGAAAGUUAUCAGGGCAGAGGUGCUGAAUAACCCGUUUGAGGAUAUCGAGUUGCGAACGACGCCCGAGGAGAAGAUUGCUGCGGCCGCGGCGGAGAUGGAGCGGCGGAAGAGGGAGGAGGCGGCGCGCAAACCGAAAGGGAAGAAAAAUUUGAAGUUGUUGUCAUUUGGAGAGGAGGAGGGUGAGGGCGAGGUGGGGGUGACGACGGCGCCUAAAACGAAAUUGAAAAGUAGUCAUGAUCUUCGGGAGGUUGCGGUAGACACGUCAAAGCUGGAGAGCGAGACGGCUACCGCAGAUAGUACAUUCGAUGGAGGCAAACAACCAACAUCAACAAAGUCGUCGACGAAUAGCAGUUUACGAGCCAGCAUGAACAUACCCGCCGAAGAAGACGACGCCGCCUUCGACACCCGCAUGCGCGAAUCCGUCCCCCCCACCUCCACCACCACGUCCAGCACCGCCUCCCACCCCACAAAACUCGAAACCCUCCAAAGCGAAAUCGCCAAAGUCCGCGGCGAGAUCCGUUCCAUCGGGAAAGACGAGGACAGUCAUAACACAACAGGGGAGAAGAAACCGAAGAAGGAGAAACUGCUGCAGUCCUUCCGCGCGGCUUAUGAGCAGAGUGGGAAGGCUGUUCCGGUCGCUAGUCGACGGAAACGGGGGAAAGGGGAGGGUGAGCGGGAUACGCUGGAUUUGUUGAGUAGGUUUCAGGAGACGUUACGGGCGUCGGCGAAGGUUGAGAACAGAUCUUCCCGUGGUGACGACACUGCGACGACGACAUUGCCGACAUCGAGUGAAUCACAAGAAUGCGACCUCCACUUUGUCACCAACUGCGAAUCCUGCCGCCCAACACUCACCGAUCCCACCACCACCACCACCUCGACACAAGAAGACGACGAGAAAAACUGGAUGUCAACCACACUCGUCUUCCCGAAACACGUCAAGGGAGCAAACGUGUAUGAACCGACGAUUGAGGAUUACACGGUUGAGGAUCCGCGGAAUGGAGCCAAGGGGAUUGAUUUGAGUGGGCGACGUGGGAGGGGGAUGAGUAAUAGCGGUGAUGGUGGAAGGAAUGGAGGGUAUAGGGACCAGCGGGGUGAUGAGGGAUGGAGGGGGAGGGGGGAGAGGGAGAGGGAGGGGGGGUAUCGGAGACGGUAG